GUAGUUCCCCGGCUGAUGCCGCGGGCAGCCUAUGGCGGGCGGGCGGCGCCAGGCGGCCUGACGGGAGUGGUAGUUCCGCGGGAGCGCGGUCCCCUCGCCAGCCAGCGCAGGCAGGACUACAACUCCCGGCAUGCCCCGCUCUUCCGCGUGCCGGCCGCGGCAGGGAGAUGCCGGCGCGGGCAGCCAAUGGGCGGCGAGCGCUGUGGGGGCGGCGGGGGGCACUCUGGGAGUGGCGGUUGUUUCAAGAUGGCGGAGAUGGCCGCUGGGCCGGGCGGAGGUGUUUACUGGAGCCGGGACAUUUCUGAUGAAGAACAGCCCAUGGUAUCUGUUUCAGAAGCAUCUACAAAAGGAAAUUUAAGAACAAGAUACUUGCCAAAAUAUCAAAAAAAUGAAACUGAGCUAAAAGCGCCUGUAGCUGUUGCUCCUGUUUCCAUGGAUCCUGUUAGAAGCAUGGGAGAUCUGACAGGGCAGCAGGUCACUAAUGAAGGAGGAAUGAAGAGUGCUUCUUUAAAGGAUUUGUGUCCUGAGGACAAGAGACGCAUUGCCAACUUAAUUAAAGAACUUGCCAGGGUAAGUGAAGAAAAGGAGGUGACAGAAGAACGUCUGAAAGCUGAACAGGAAUCAUUUGAGAAGAAGAUCAGACAGCUAGAGGAACAGAAUGAACUUAUCAUCAAAGAAAGGGAAGCUCUGCAGCAGCAGUACAGAGAAUGCCAGGAACUUUUGAGCCUUUAUCAGAAGUACCUUGCUGAGCAGCAGGAAAAGCUGUCGCUCUCCCUUUCUGAACUGAGUGCUGCCAAGGAAAAGGAGCAGAAGGCAUCUGGUAAGAAGAGCUCAUGCCAGCAACCGUCUUUGGAGCUAGAUGGUUCCUACUUGUGUAUUGGGGGACCGCAAACUCUUUAUAAGAACAGUAGAGCGUCAAAAGCUGGAAGCCCAGCCCGUGUUGCAUUUUCUCAGUCUUGCAGGAAUAAUCAGGAUUGCAGGACUGAAAUCCAUUGCAACCAUCAGGAGUGUCUGAAGGAAUAUCCGAUAGAAAAUGGCUUUCACAGAAAGUGUAACAAUAUGAUUUCCCCACCCAAGCAGAGCAGUCCUCACCGUGUAAAACCGGCUCAGGAGAUGGACCAGAAAGCCAAUGGGUUUCAGAGCCUGUACACUCAGCAAGCGAGUUGCAGUUGUGCCUGCAGGCAUGCAGGGAGCUCGGGGAGCAGGCAAGAGAACCACCACGUCAGCCAGGUACCGAGAACACACUCUGGCCCAGUUCACAAAACCUGUGAUUAUUCCAGGCACUCCCAAGUUUCUGGGCUGAACGACAGCGUGGAAUCAGGGCGUAAAGAAACAGAGCAGGCUAAAAGGUUGUAUGAAGAAAGAAGGCACGAGCUGCUUCUUCAGAAGAUGGAGCUGGAAAUCGAAAAGGAACGACUCCAACAUUUGUUGGCUAAGCAAGAGGCAAAACUGCUCCUAAAACAAGAGCAACUACACCAGUCCCGUAUGGAUUAUAACAGAUUUAGAGGCCACGUGCCUGGUUCAGAAGACGUGCCCAUUGAUGAAGCACCUGGAGAAGUUGCUCUGAUGAUGAACGGCAACAGCAUGGGGCUGAGUGUACCCAUGUUGAAAUGUGAAGAUUAUUUUCCAAGGACAUCUCUAGUAAGCAAAACCUCCAGAACACCAGGGAGCAGUGGUGGGAGCAGUUCAGGGAAGAAAAUGGCCAGUUUUGGUGCAAACAUGGAAGACGGGCGAAGCCUUCUCGUGCAAACCAGGAGGGAAGGCACCAAAUCAAGGAAAGGGACGACUUCAGGACCUAGGAAUUAUGCAGCCACAUCCCCUGUGCUGAUAGGCAGCAGCAAAGAGCUUGCAACCACAGCCGCAUCACCAAUCCAGCAUGACACUUUACGGUAUGAAGUCUGUCUUCUUGACCUGGUUGAAGCUAUGAGUCCGAUAUCUGCCCCAGGAAACCUCUGCAGAGAAUCUUACGACAGGAACAAAAUGCACACACCUCAUCGUGUGAGCCACAGGCCAUCGUCCUUGUACCAGAGCCCUCGCAGCUCCAGAAGCAGAGCAGACGAGCUGGAGGAGAGCCGGCUUCUCGAGGAGAUUUUCUUCAUUUGACACACCUCAUUGGCCUGCAGCCCUGCUGUAGAAUUUUUAGGACCUUCUCACUGCUGAUUUGUUUGUGUUAAAGUACUGUUUUUAAAUUAUUUGAGUGACAACUGCUUGUCUUCCCUCUUCUAAAACAUAGCUAAUUAGCAUCCUGUUUCAUUUUGGAUUUAGUAAUCAUGGUGCAAGAAUGUUGUUGGGAUAGACCAAUCAGAAAGCGUUAACUUUUUUUUCUAAAUCUUUCAUGUGCCAAGUAAUCAAUCUAAAAUAGCAUUUUUUUUAAUCUGCAACAUUUUCUAAUAGAUUGAAGUCACAGUUUUGCCAGCCUCAUAUCGGAAGUGUAUUUCAUUAUCGAUUUUUAGCUCUAAAGCAUUUUGCAAGAACUGCCUAACAUUCAAGAACCGCCACGUUCAAAGUAGAUUAUUUUCUAAUUACACAAGUCUGUUUAAAACCUGGCAUAUUAUAAAAGUACAAGCACUUUAGCACUUCUUCUCAGUGAUUUUAUGAUCUACUUUUUCCUUCAACAUGCUGAUAUUUAAAACGCUGGGUUUUAGGGGGUAUAUCAUAAACUCAACUAUACAAUGUCUAAUAACAUUAAUAGAUGAUGUUUCAGGCUGAUAUACUAGGCAUCGGUUUGAGAUAUGUUCCUCUUUAAAUCAGUGCUAUUUGACAGAGUUUAUGUGUUGGGUAACCUAACCCCGAAAUAGCAGAACACAGCCACACACUGUAGUGGUCCAGAACCUAUUUGAUGUGCUUUUCAGGAUGAAAUAUAUAUAGUAGUGGUAGUGUAAGAACAGUCUUAAGACAUUUUCACUAACUUGCACUAUUUUGAUAGUGUAUCCAGGCUCCAUUGUAAAUAAGACAAAUCAGUAAUUAUUUCCACUAGCGGCUCGCAAUGCACAUUUCCCUGCCGGCUUUAAUUAUUCAUGCUGUAUCUAUUUCAGUUUAUUUAAAUGCACUUCCAUCUACUGCAUGUACUUGGUUAUUUAAAGAAAUGUGCCGAAUUGGUAAAAAUGACUGCAGAUUACAGGAUUAAUGGUCAUUUUCUCCACAAUGCGGUGUUCAUAUUUUAUUGUAACAGUAGCCACCGGCAUGUGUUCCUAGAAACAUGAGGCUAAAAUACUCAUUUUGCACAGUAAAAUUGCAGUGAGAGAAAGGCAGAACUGAGCCAGUACGGGCAAGUUCUAGGCCAUUUGCUCCCAAAUGCCACUUUGUGGGCCAGUACGGCUUUUCUGACGGUCUCUUUAGGCAACCCUGCUUAUCUUAACGGCGUUGAGUUGCUGUGCCGAUCCUUGGGGUAUCGCCGCUGCCUCCCGUCAGUGUGGGAUUUCUGGCUCGUGCCCCCGGCAGCAUCGCGCUCUUGCAGCAACGAAACAAAAGGAGAAAGAAGGGGAAGAUGAACCUCGGGUUGCUCUGAGCCAUUUCAUUCAGGCUCAGUCUUCAUCGCUAAUUAGGUGAUAUCCCUCUCUUGCAUCCCAGCUGAAUUUUAAAAGCUGCUCGGAGGACUUUAGAGGAGGGAAGCGGCAUUACUGGAACAGAAAAUGACUACUGUGGAAAGGCCCUGCUUGGUCUGUCCUGCUAUCAGUGGAGUAUUACAGUUCUUUCCAAUAUGUCCAUCUGCUGUUGGAUGCCCCUCUUGUUCUACUCCCUGAGCCUGCAAAGGCACAAGUUUCUGUUUAAAGCCCCAAAGACGUAUUCGGUGACCUGACCCUGAGGCUGAAUAGUCUGCUUCUUUAACAGGGCAGAGAAAGGGAGAGGAAAGAAGAGAAAAAUGUAUAAGGAGCAGCAGGAAAACUCUGGAAAACCAUGAAGAGCUGACCAUCACGUAGAUCUUAGGGUUUUGGGUUGGUUUUUGGUGGUUUUUAGUUUUGUUGGGGAUAUUUUUUGUUGUUAAGGUUUGGCAUUUAUAGAGAAACAGUUCUCUGAGUUCAGUCCAAUUGCUUCUCUUCUCUUUUCCAGUUUGACUGAAACUUUAAUUGCCUUUUCUAAUAAGUCCUAACUGACCUUUUGAAACAGCAACAAAUACAUGUAUAUCUCUUGAAAGGUGCCUUUGUGUACCCAAUAGAGAACACUGCGUGGGUGCAUUCUGUUCUUUGGUUCUUUGUGGGUGCCAAUAUUUAACUGCUUCAGAAUUCCUUAUGAUCUGUUUUGUUCAUUAACGAUUCUAAUGAUGAUUUUUGACUUGAAUCUGUAUUUUGGUAGUAGUUCUUUUUAAAAGGGCAGUGUCAGGGUUGUGGGCUCCGUGCUCAAGGUUCUGUCCAUCAGUCAGAGCUACUUGGGAAGGUAAACAUUUACAAAGCCAAGAAUUCUAGAGCUAAAGUCGUUGAAAUGUCUGAUGGGUAAAGACCUGCCCAUUUUAACUGUCUGUGAGAUGUGGACAAAGAAACAAAAGCUAUUAAUCUGGUAGACCCUCUGAAAAAUCAUUAUUUAUAAUGCUGGCUCUUGCUCUAGUUAUCAGCAGUACAUUAGGAAUAGUGUUUAGCAGUCAGUGCAAGCGAAGAUAUUUUGCCAUGAGGCACUACAAAGUUGAAGUUAUUAAAACAUUUAUAGCCUUAGGAAAAAAAAAAUCAAUGGUUGUCAAAUAGGAAAGGACAAAAUCAGUAGCUGGGACUGGGAAGGGAAUUGUUCCCAUCUGCAAAAACAGUAGAGGAAAUCAUUUGACAGUGUCCUUUUAAGUUUAAGCUCCUAUAUUAGGAAGCUGCUGCUGGGGAGUUUGUCCAGCCGUAGAUUGUUUGUCCACAGUGUUCCCAGUUAAUAUGCUUCAGCUACACAUUGGGCUGUGUUUCACAUGGGGCUUUGUGGAGUAACGUGACAUCUGCUGAGGCUUCCACCCGUGCCUUCGCUCUGUGUCCUUCCCAAGUGGCUCAUACACACUCACUCACCGAGCUUUGUGUAGUCGUUGCUUUUGUGCACCUCGCAUGCCAUGGACGUGUGGCAGUCACACCCUUUCCACUUCUAGUGUCUCCAUUCUCAGUUGAAUCUCAUCCUGAGCAUAUAUUUAUAUACGUAUGUGAUGUCUUAAUCUAAUAAAUUAUCUGGGGAUUUCA